UUAAGAUGGCGAUUGUUGGCGGAAACGAUUAGAAACAUGUACAGAUUCGAAUGUUUUAUUAUUAAUGCUUCUUUGAGGAUCAUUAAUUUUCUUUGACCUUGUUAUUUCGAAAACUGUUUGAGAUGGCAUCAUACAGACAAAGUAGUAAUGAUGACUUGAAGACAGUGUCAACGCUUCUUUUGAGACUUUGCAGUAAGAUAACUGGUUGUCGAGAAGAUGCUGUGUUGCCGCAGUAUGAAUACGCACUCAAGCUCUUGGCAAGCAAAUCAGCCGGUGAGGAUGAAGACGAGUUUCGAACUGUCGAAAGAUUAAAGAACCAGUUGGUGCGCCGCGGGCGGGAGAAAGAUGGGGCACAGCUGGCUGACCUUCACAGACGACUGCAGUCUCAGAUGUUGCUGCGAAACCGCUCCGCUGUCCUGACGUUGCUGCAGCAUUUGGCCCGCUUCGACAACAGGGCUGCAAAGCAGGGCAAAGUCUCCAGUGCGGCCAUCUUCUCUCAGGGCCUCCCCUCCCACCUCAUGUCAACGCCCUUCUCCACGGCUGGCAGCCAGGGGCGAGCACACUACCCACUCCACCACCAGGGCGGCCCGCUGUCCGGGGGGAGUGGCGGCUCAUCGGCCUUGACCCUGUCCAGCGUGUCGCAGCACACAGGUGGCAGCAGCGGCAUCAGCAGCAUCAGGGGGAGGGAGGUGAACAGCGGGGACCCGAACCCCAUACCCCAGUCCUUCAUGCCCAGUCACCUCAACACUCCAGUGGAUUCUGUGGCUAACAGGCUGAGGACUGUCUCCAUAUUCGGACGCCAACGAGAAGAGAGAGGAGGAGGAAAACCCCAGUCGUCCCGAGGGCCCGUUGAAAUGUCGUCUGGAGGAGGGGGCAUGUUGGUGCAUCGUGGAGACAACACUUCGUUUGAAAUCUCGGAGCAGAAUCUGAUCAAAGACCUCAUCUUCGUGCUGCAGGGCAUAGAUGGACAGUGGAUCAAAGUGGACCCCUUCAAAGACAUGUACAAAGUUGAUUCAGAGAUCGGCGUCCCCAAAGGUCAGAGAGGAGAGCUGCUGAAGCUGUCGGAGUGUGGCUGGCUGUACAACAAGAUCAAAUCCUACGUAGAUCACCACAGCACAGACAAAGCCUUUGGUCUUGUGGGGCAGCUUCAGCAAGAUGUGGACCCAGGACUAGGGGAAACGUGUUCGAAUCUCACCCUGGCUCGUCUGCGGGUUUGGCUGUUUGAUCCCCUCAAACGUCUCAAGUGGCUGGCCGCACUGGUAGACAUCUGUAAAGGAAAGAAGGGAGGAGCCCUGUCGUCCACCAUUUUCUCCUACACUCACCACGGAGACACCAGCGUGAAGACUCUGAUAACACAUGUACUCACCUACGUCAGUCAGCCUAUCUAUGCCACGCUCUUACGGUGGAUGUACGACGGAGAACUGGAUGAUACAUACCAUGAGAUUUUGCUGACAGGAAAAUCCAUCAACUUUCUGCGACAAGUUUGUGAGGACAGAACGCCCACCAAAGGUCGCGAGGUCGCUAUGGGUCUUGACCUCACUCAAGCGGUCAGCAUGUUCUCCCAGGACCAGAGCGGAGACUUCCAGAACAUGCUGGACUCGGUGUACCAGGUGACCUCACAGCAGUUGCUGGACGUGCUGCAGACCAAGUACAAGUUCUUGGAACAUCUCAAGAGGACCUGGCCAAACCAGCCAGCAACUUGUAUCUGCACAACCUGACGGGCAUACUCGAGACGGCCAUUCGGGCGACCAACGCUCAGUUUGACGACGCGGACAUACUGCGGCGCCUCGACGUACGUCUGCUGGACGUGUCGCCAGGGGAUACGGGCUGGGACGUGUUCAGUCUGGAGUAUCGCGUGGACGGGCCCAUCAGAACGGUAUUCACCCCAGAGUGUAAGAUCAUGUACCUGCGGGUGUUCAACUUCAUGUGGCGCGCCAAGCGCAUGGAGUACGUCCUGGCCCAGAUCUGGAAGGGCCAGGCGGGCAGCCGGCGGGAGCUCCAGUCGGUGCCGGAGCUGUGGCCCGUGCUGCACCAGUGUCACAUGAUCACCUCCAGCAUGGUGCACUUCAUCAAGCAAGUCCAGUACUACAUCAACUUUGAGGAGAUCCUGCAGCUGCUGCGCACGGUGUUUGACCUCAUCAUCCAGUUUGAGACGGCCCAGGCCGUGUUUUACAAGGCGGCCAACGAUGAGGUGUUGGUCAGGGAGGCUUUUGACAGGAACAAGAUGGGCCGCGCCGACAAGGGCGACUGGGAGACAACGGAGGAGAUAGAGAGAGAGGAGAAGAGUCGGAGGGUGUCCUUCCUCCGCGGAAUCAUUCCAUCCACACGCGCCAAGCUGCAGGUCCUGUCCACAGCCUACAGGGACACAGUGGAACAGUUCCUCAAGCUGGUGGUCUCCCACCCCGACGCCAGCCUCCGCUGCCUGUGUUUCCGGCUGGACUUCAACGAGCAUUACAAGGUGCGGGAACCCAACCGGAGGAUGACCUACUUACGGGCCAACUGAGGGAAACAGUCGCGACAACUGCCGCGAUAACUGCCGCCCUACUUCUAGAUCUGUUACUACUACUACUACUACCGUACCACAAUGCUGACAACGACGAAGAUGAUGAUGAUGAUGCUGUGAUCAUUUUGCCCUCGUGUUUUUGUUUUGUUUGAUUGUACAUAAUCAUAUAAUCAUUUAUUGUUUACCUUGUUGUUUGGUUCAUGUAUGAUGUUGUAUAUUUCGGGGCAACAGCUCAAGUAUUAUUUAAAAAACCCCCAGAGUCGUGCGAUUAUUUUUUUGAAAGUUCACCUUUUAAAAAAAAUUCCCAAUACUGGUGAUGGAUAGAGUGGCAGAAAAAUUGUGAGGCUUUGUGGUGAAACCAAGCACUCGUCAAAAUAAGGAAAUCGAUGAAAAUGACAAUUUUCUCCCCGUUUGGCAGUUUUUAUGAAAUUUAUUUUUUUUGGCUCAAUACUUUUUACGUCCAUUUGAAAACACAUUGCUGGUGGCUUUCACUGAAAAAUGUUUAGUUAAGGCACAAAAAAUUAUCUCCACUUCUAUU